AAAAGCGCCGGCCUCCGAGACGGUUAGUGAUUGGACGAAGCAGGGCGCGGGGGCGCAAGCCCGGGUCCUGCAGGGACACCGCGAGGCCUCUUUGGAAAGAUGCGGCCCUGAGCUUGUGAACCUCGCGCAGAGCGGCCUGAAGCGAGAGGUUGAGGCUGGGAGGUGGGAGCAACGGCGGCGGCGGCCGCCUGCGAGUCCCCGGCCUGAGGCGCAGCAGCAGCUGCCCGUCUUCCCACAUAGAGGGAAGGAAGGACAACUUUGGUGAGAAAAUGGCUAGCAACAAUCAUUGGUUUCAGAGUUCGCAGGUCCCUAGCUUUGCCCAGAUGCUGAAAAAGAACCUGCCAGUUCAACCAGCGACAAAGACGAUAACUACACCCACAGGAUGUUCCUCAGAAAGUUACAGCCUGUCCAAGAUGGCAUCCAAGGUUACACAAGUAACGGGUAAUUUUCCAGAACCGUUGCUUUCCAAGAAUCUUUCAUCUAUUUCAAAUCCUGUCCUUCCUCCAAAAAAAAUACCUAAGGAAUUUAUAAUGAAAUACAAACGUGGAGAGAUAAAUCCUGUGUCAGCCUUGCACCAGUUUGCACAAAUGCAGCGAGUUCAGCUUGACCUUAAGGAAACUGUGACAACAGGUAAUGUUAUGGGACCAUAUUUUGCCUUUUGUGCUGUGGUGGAUGGUAUUCAGUACAAGACUGGACUGGGACAAAAUAAAAAGGAGUCUAGGUCCAAUGCAGCAAAAUUAGCUCUUGAUGAACUUCUACAGCUGGAUGAACCUGAACCACGAAUUUUAGAAACAUCAGGUCCUCCUCCUUUCCCUGCAGAACCUGUUGUUUUACCUGAACCAGCAUAUGUUUCAAAAGUACAUUAUGAAGGGAGACAUAUUCAAUAUGCAAAGAUUUCACAGAUCGUUAAAGAAACAUUUAAUCAACUAAUUUCUAAUCGCUCAGAAUACCUGAAAUAUGGCAGUUCAUUGGCUGCUUUUAUAAUUGAAAGAGCUGGACAACAUGAGGUUGUAGCUAUAGGCACAGGUGAAUACAAUUACAGCCAGGACAUUAAGCCAAAUGGAAGAGUAUUGCAUGACACUCAUGCUGUUGUUACAGCAAGAAGGUCUCUUCUUAGGUACUUUUAUAGACAACUUCUGCUCUUCUACAGCAAAAAUCCUGCUAUGAUGGAAAAAUCAAUAUUUUGUACAGAACCAACUUCUAAUCUACUCACUCUUAAACAGAAUAUCAACAUUUGCCUUUACAUGAACCAGUUGCCUAAAGGAUCAGCCCAGAUUAAGUCACAGUUACGUCUUAAUCCACAUUCUAUAUCUGCAUUUGAAGCCAAUGAAGAACUCUGUCUCCACGUGGCUGUUGAAGGCAAAAUUUAUCUGACUGUUUACUGUCCUAAAGAUGGUGUUAAUAGAAUAAGCAGUAUGUCCUCAAGUGACAAAUUGACCAGAUGGGAAGUGCUUGGUGUACAGGGAGCAUUGCUGAGUCAUUUUAUACAGCCAGUUUACAUCAGCAGUAUACUUGUUGGUGAUGGGAAUUGCAAUGAUACCAGAGGCUUAGAAAUCGCUAUAAAGCAACGUGUUGAUGAUGCACUCACUUCAAAACUUCCAAUGUUUUACUUAGUCAACAGACCUCAUAUUAGUUUAGUACCCUCUGCUUAUCCACUUCAAAUGAACUUGGAAUAUAAAUUUCUGAGUCUGAAUUGGGCACAAGGAGAUGUUUCUUUGGAGAUUGUGGAUGGCCUGAGUGGGAAGAUCACUGAAAGUUCCCCAUUUAAAAGUGGUAUGUCAAUGGCAAGUCGGCUUUGUAAGGCUGCAAUGUUAAGUCGGUUUAACCUGCUUGCCAAAGAAGCUAAAAAAGAAUUACUUGAAGCUGGUACAUAUCAUGCAGCCAAGUGUAUGUCUGCCUCCUAUCAAGAAGCUAAAUGUAAGUUGAAAUCCUACUUACAACAACAUGGCUAUGGACCCUGGAUUGUGAAAUCUCCCUGCAUAGAGCAAUUUAACAUGUGAAAUAGGCAAUCCAUUAUCACAUUAAAAAUCUUGUAUUGUU